UGCAUGUCUUUUUCGUACUUAAAACUAUUUAUUGCUUUAUUGCGGCGUUUUAAACCCCCAAGUUAAACGGUCAUGCUAUAUUUGUGCUAAGCCAAAAUUCACACCCGGGAUUUUCCCUCUGUAAAAAUCCGCCUAAUCAUUCUCGUACACCAAAACAAUUGUACAUGGUACACAUUUUCUUAGAGCGACUCAAGACGUAUUUUGUACUCAAAGUUAAUUUAUUGCAUUAAGAUGGACGAAGGGAUAUCUAGUCUUAUCCGUAACCUGUCAAUUAGCGAUGAUCGACUUCAAACUUUGACCGAAAUUAAAACGUUUGUUGUGAGUUCCCAUUCGUCAACUUUAAAGAAUGUAGUGCAGGCGUCGGAUUUGGAAACUCUGUUUCAAUGCCUUGAAAACAACGACAGAGAUGAAGUUGAAGCAAUAUGUUUCAUUCUCUCGUCACUUCUUCCCAUCGUUGACCCAGUAGAUGUAGCUGUUAAACUUGCCUCGGCAAUUCAGAAUGGACUCACUCAUCCAAAUCCUGAUGUGCAACACUUAACACUCAAAGAGCUACAAAGAGUUGUUGCUGCAUCAGAUGGCGCCACAGCAUUAUCAGACUCCCCUGACAUAACGAGGUUCGCUAUUUUCUUGGUUGGUGACGCAGAUGAAUCGUUAGCUGCUGCUGCUGUCAAAUUUUUGUCGGAAUUUGGGCGUACUUCACCCAACGCUGCUCGUACAAUGCUUAAACCAGAUUUCCAACCUCAUUAUAGAGACCUUAAGACUGUGAUGCAGAAAAACGAUGUUGUAAAGUUCAGAGUGUAUGAGAUUGUUUGCAACAUUCAAGCAGAAUCUCAGGAAAUGUUGGACCUUUGUGUAGAAUCAGGAAUUGUUAGCGAUCUUGUGAAAGAACUUGACGGUAGUGAUGUGCUUGGGAAAGUUACUUGUUGUACAAUGUUAUCUGGCAUGGCAUCUUCAAACCAUAGUUUGGAUUAUUUGGUACAAGCUGGCGUCGUCUCUAAAAUGACUGAAAUGUUGAAGGAUUCAAUCACUGAUCCAUUCUCAGACCUUUAUGUUCCAGGUGUUAUUCGAUUUUUUGGUAACCUAUCCCUCUACAAUGGGCCUAAAUUUGUGCUUGAAAUCUUUCCCAAUUUCUGCAAAGUAAUCUUCACUAUGGUGGGAAGCAACGAUCCACCAAAGCAACAGGUUGCCAUGGAAACAUUGGGGAUAAUAGGAGAGACGUUGGAAGGAAAGAAAGUUUUGUCUGAACAAGGAGAUGAUUGUACCACCGCUGUACAAGAUGUUUGCCAGAUCUUAAAACACGGAAAGCAAGACAUGCGACUGAUAGCUGUUGACUGUAUGAGUCGUCUGCUGGAUCAUAAAAAGGUCAAUGAGAAUGAGACAGAUGUUGCAUACAAGAUCACAUUGUCUUGGUUUCGACUUUUAUCAAGCAAUCCAAUUGACACGAUCAUCAACUUAUGUAAACAACCAUUUACGGAUAUUCGAUGCUCUGGAUUUGCUUUGCUCAACACAUUGGCCGACUGUCAGUGGGGUGUUGAAGCGAUGGUGGAAUUCGCUACGCUCGUCGAAUUCCUGCUCGACAGGAGCACUGAGACCGAAAAAAGCAGCAAAGACGCGAAGUUCGCAGUCAUAAAAACUCUCACUAAAUCUCCCAACGUUGCAAGCAUAUUCGGCAACCGGAACUAUCUUAGAUUCAGACAAUUCCUCAAUGAAGGUCCGUAUUAUGUCGGGACUCAAUUGUCAGUAGCCAUUGACGAGGCUUGAGUUUUCAAUAAAUAAAUGAAAUUUAUUUUCAUUCUUCGGUUCUUUAUAUAAGCUGCUAUUUACGGCUAUACUGCUGCAUGGUUCGUCUGCUGAGUUGUUGUAACAAAGUACAUGUUUUUUUUCAAUAUUGCUUGUUUUUUAUGGCCCUUUUAUUUGGCUCCUUAAUAAAACUUUUGUUUGAGAGUGGUUAAA